ACAUGACAAACCAACCGCCAAUAAACAACAGCAGAAGAAGAAGCAAAAUCUUGGAAGUCGCAAUUGAAGCUAGGAAGUUGCACGUUUUUUUCUUCAGUCGGCUUAAAGAAAGACAACAUACAAACUACCGCCAUGUUUACUUCCUUGGCUUGUGGCGCUUUAGUGUUUCCUGGACUAUUCUACGGCCUCAGGAAAAUACUCAGGUCAACUUUCACGCACUGGAACGACGCCGACGUAGUCACCAUCAGCGAAAGGCUUGUUUCUGCCAUCCACGGUUCACUGUCGACUGCAACUGGAGUCAUAACAGUGACAUCAUGCAACAAUGUAAUGACUGACAGGCACUGGCUGGUGGAGGAGUUUAUGCUGUUUGCUGUUUCCUACAUGGCCACGGACAUCUACGCCAUGUACCUGAGCCACUACCACAUUCAGAGGGUCAAAGGUUACAGCAGCCUGUACAGCAGCCACUCUCUGCUGACAGUGAAGGCUUUCCUCUCCAAGGACUUUUUGAUCGUCCUCCAUCACCUCGUGCUGAUUUUUGUGUGCUUUCCCAUUGCUAUGUUCUUCAGGAGAGGACUGGGUGAUUUCUUCCUUGGGUGCUUUUUCACCGCAGAAUUCAGCACCCCGUUUGUCUCCCUUGCAAAGAUCCUCAUCCAGCUGGGCCUCAACAACACCAGACUGCACCGGGUCAACGGCAUCUUAGUCCUCCUGACGUUCUUCACAUGUCGGAUCUUGAUCUUCCCCUUCAUGUAUUGGAUGUACGGGCGUCAGGUUGGCAUGCCGCUGCACAAGGUACCCUUCCAUCUGCCUUGGCACUGCAACGCCGGCAACCUGCUGUUCCUGGCGCCUCAGAUCUACUGGUUCUUCCUCCUGCUGAAAAAAGCCAUGCAACUGUACGGAAGACAUAGGAAAGUACAGUAACUCAACGCAGCCUCAAAAGAAAUACGUAGGUCUGACAGUUCAACCAUGAAGAUUUGAUCUACUUUGAUGCAUCAUUUCCUGAAGCUUUAGUCUUUCUAGCAGUCAACAGUCAACACACCAGGCCUAAACGCACACAGGCAGUCAUGGUCGACAUGACACAGUUUGAUUGCAAAAUGUUCUCACUGUUCAAAAUAUUCAUCAUUACACAAUGGAUAACGAAACACAAGAAUACAGGACUUGCUGUGAAUCAAUGCACCAUUUCUUGUCUUUUUCACAGCCGCCAACAUUACGCAUUUUUCCUACACAGCAGUCAUUUUCAGCCUUAAAUACGCUUGUAUUUCGUCUCAUUUUACCAGUUUUUUCCUCGUUCAGCCAGCCGACUGAUUUUGGAUCUACAGACUGAUGUCACUCAUACCGUGAACUUCUGACAAUAGUGUUUGUGUUAUGGACAUGUUGGACUCUUUGGCCAGCCUUUCUAGGUCAUAAUCUCAUCUUUCAAACUUUUACUCAAUAACCCUACAUUGCUUUAAUAUACAUCCACUUCAUUCACAAGACAAAGGAGUCUACAGUACAGUAGAAAAACUGUGCUACUCUACUUUAUUCUACUGUACGCCUUUCUAAGCAGUGCUAGUUGUAUGUAGCCAAAGCAGCCUUUGUCGGUCAGCACAAUGCACUUUUUAACAUGAUAUAUUUGUAAGAAGUUUUGCAUGAUCAAGUUUUAAUAAAAAUGCAAGCAUGUGUGAUGUGUGGACCUGUGUGCAUGUUAUUGAAACGUAAUUGAUAUAACAAAUUGUUUUAAACAUUUGGGAAUGAUUUUGCUAAAUGUAUGGCUAUUAAAAACACUGAAGAGUGUUGGGGGAUAUGUGAGGGAUCAUGUGUUUUAGCUUGACUUAAUAAAG